AUGUACGGCCAAGAGGAGACUUUCGCCAGGAGCUUUGACAAGGCCACUUCUGUCUGCACGGUGGUUGCAGCAGUAAGCCUUGCCACAGGCCUCCUGUUUGCCAACAGCUUGUGCGACAUGGACCUGUCAGAGUGGCACAUCGUGAAUGCAAUUUUGUGUGGAUCUCUCGCCGCAGCUGCUCAUUUCGCAACCCGUGUGAAUCCUAGAGCUAUGCAAGCUGGAUUCAGAGUAUACAAGGCGGAGACAUCUAUGCGGGAACUGAUGUCUGAAGGCGUUCUAUCCGCCGCGGCAUCUGUUGCGCUCGUGGCAUGCCCAGCACUUCUACUCUUCUGGUCUGCUCGCGGAUUCGCGAGCAUGGGUGUUGGGAUCUGUGCCGAGUCCGCCCCGAUGUUCUUCGCCAUCUCGUUGUCAAUUAUGCUUGCUGAAGCCGCAGCGCUCAUUUACGUUAUAGGCCGCAACCUUCAAGCCGCCGGCUACUCGCUGGACAAGCUGAAGUACCAGGGAGAGAUGCUCCUCGCCAGAGCAAAGGAUCUUGCCUCCGACUGGAGCAGGAACGGUUAUCACUACGUGAUGCGCGCGUAUGAGAACGUCAUCCCCACGAUUAAGCAGAUCAUACACUCUCUGCUUGAGAUGGUGCAUCGCAUGUGGGAGCAAAGACCCCGGUGGAUGAACGCCUCCUACUGGGCUGGAUCCGAGGGUUCCUACCUCCUCCGCUGA